GCCCCUUCACCCCCAGCGGACCCGUGCGCCCCAGAACCGGCCCCAAGGCGGGGGUGGGGAGGGGAUGGGCCCGGGGGAGCCCGGCCGCGGCGGGCGAUAGAACCCGGGCGUGUGGCGAGUUUGGAAUAGAACCCAGGAGUCCGGGAGACAGAGACGGGGUGGGGGUGGGGGUGUGCUGUCCCCUGCCUGGGACCGAGCUAUAAAGGGAUCGCACCCCUGAAUGCUACAGCGGAUGGGACCCAGGCGUCCGGGAGGCUGCGUCCCCACUGCCUGGAGAUGUCAGCGGACCAUAUUCACAAGGACCCCCCGUGGAUAGAACCCAGGCGUCCGGAGGCUCAGUGCUGGGGGUAACCAUCCCCCCUUCCCGGAUGUAUAACUUGAUUAGACAGCACGGACUGAACCCAACUCCCGGCGGAUAGAACCCAGGCGUCCGGCGAGUGCCCCCAGAGUGGAUCUAGCCCGCGCCCGGAUACUGGAUUGAAAACGGAUUGGACCCCCCCCCCACGCCUUGCCGGGGGACAGAAUCCAGGCGUCCGGGGAGCAGAGAGGGGGGCCUUAGGAAGUGUAUGUAACCCCCUGCCUGGAGCUAUAACUGGAUUGGACAAAACGGAUUGCACCCCAGGUGGAUAGAACCCAGGCGUCCGGGGGGCAGGGGGGGUGCCCCCCAGAGUGUACAUGCCCGACCCCCCUCGGAUAUAUAACCGGAUUGGACAAUAUCGAUUGCACCCGCCACGCCGCCGGCGGAGAGAACCCAGGCGUCCGGCGCUGCGGGGGGGUGUCUGCGCUGGUGCUGCAGGGGGCUGCUAGCCGUGGAGGGCGCUCGGAUCUGGCCGCACGCGCGUAUCCCCGUUCAUGCCACCGCAAGCCCGGCACAAGUUGAGCCGCGCCGCAGCGGAGAGGAGCAGCGAGGGGAGAGAGGGGCCUGCUGGCCCCCCGGGGCAGGGGGACGGCUGGGAUGGGGGGCCCCUUCGGCCGGGGUGACUCCGGUCCCCGGGCGUGAGCAGCCCGCAAGGACGCGCGGAGGUGGCGUGGGGGGAAUCGCAGUCCCGGGGAUGAGCCAGGGCGCGGGUGGGGGGCCCGGAGACAGGAGACGUGGCCCCCCCUAGAGACAGAGCGCAAGGCACCGCCCACCCACCAACCAUGGCUUGCCUGCUGCUGGUGCUGCUUCUGAUGGCAGGGACCCUGGUGUCCUGGGCUGCCUCCUGCCCCUUCCACUGUGUGUGCCAGAAUCUCUCCGAGUCACUAAGCACCCUCUGUGCCAACAAGGGCCUGCUCUUCAUCCCAGCCAACAUUGACCGGCGCACAGUGGAGCUGCGCCUGGCCGACAACUACAUCCGCGUGCUGGAGCCCCAGGACUUCCUCAACAUGAGCGGCCUGGUGGACUUGACCCUCUCCCGCAACACCAUCGACAGCAUCCGGCCCUUCGCCUUCGGUGACCUGGAGAGCCUGCGUUCCCUGCACCUGGACAGCAACCGGCUGAUGGAGAUCGGCGAGGAGGCCCUGCGCGGGAUGCUCAACCUGCAGCACCUCAUCCUCAACAACAACCAGCUGGUGAGCAUCUCGGCUGCCGCCUUUGACGACUUCCUGCUGACGCUGGAGGACCUGGACCUGUCCUACAACAACUUGCGCCGCGUCCCCUGGGAGGGCAUCCGAGGCAUGCUCUGCCUGCACACCCUCAACCUGGACCACAACCUCAUCGACUCCAUCAUGGAAGGCACGUUCUCCGAGCUCUACAAGCUGUCCCGCUUGGACAUGACCUCCAACCGGUUGUACACCCUGCCCCCUGACCCGCUCUUCGCCCGCUCCCAGACGGGCGUCAUCAGUCCCACCCCCUACACUGCCACCAUCGUGCUGAGCUUCGGGGGCAACCCCCUACAUUGCAACUGUGAGCUGCUGUGGCUGCGGCGGCUGGCACGGGAGGAUGACAUGGAGACGUGCGCCUCGCCGCCCCACGUGGCUGGCCGCUACUUCUGGUCGGUGCCCGAGGAGGAGUUCACCUGCGAGCCGCCCCUCAUCACCCGCCACACGCACAAGCUGUGGGUGCUGGAGGGCCAGCGGGCCACCCUGAAGUGCCGUGCCAUUGGGGACCCCGAGCCAGUGAUCCACUGGGUGUCACCGGAUGACAAGAUCAUCUCCAAUUCCUCCCGGACCGUCUCCUUCCGCAAUGGCACCUUAGAUGUGCUGGUAACCACAGUCCGGGACGACGGCCCCUACACCUGCAUCGCCAUCAAUGCAGCGGGUGAGUCCACAGCCCUGGUGGACCUCAAGAUUAUCCCUUUGCCCCAUCAGGGCAAUGGGAGCAGUGGCCCAGUGCCGCACCACGACCCGGGCUCCUCCGACAUUGCCACCAAGACAGCGGCCAACACCACCGACUUGGGGGUGGGUGAGAGGAGUGUGGAGGUGUCCGAUGUGACAGCUGACUCAGCCUUGGUGCGCUGGGCUGUAGACAAGUCGGCCCCCACUGCCUGGAUGUACCAGAUCCAGUACAACUGCACCGUGGAUGACACUCUGAUCUACAGGAUCAUCCCGGCCAGCAGCCACCAUUUCAUGCUGAAGCACCUGGUCCCAGGCGUGGACUACGAUCUGUGCGUCCUGGCCAUCUUCGAUGACUCAGCCACCUCGCUGGCUGCCACGCGCCUGCUGGGCUGUGCCCAGUUCUCCACGGAGGAGGUGUACCCGGACUGCCACUCGCUCCACGCCCACUUCCUGGGGGGCACUCUGACGGUCAUUGUGGGGGGCAUUAUUGUGGUGACCCUGCUGGUUUUCACCGUGGUCAUGAUGGUGAAGUAUAAGAUCUGUGGCAGCGCCCACUCUGGCAUGCCCAAAGUCUCCAACAUGUACUCACAGACCAACGGCGGGCAGCCAGGGGUGCCCAACGGGAUGCUGCCGCAGCGGGGACCUCAGCGGGAGCGGGGGCCGAAGGCGCAGCGCCGGAGGGCGAGGGGCAAGCCCACCCGGCAAGAGGCACCAGACCCCAGGACGGCAGAGGGGGUGGUGGCGGGCCAGCGUGACCAGCCAGACCUGGGGACCUCCAAGGCCAAGCGGAGCUGCUCGUUGGACAUGGGGGAGAUCUCCACCAGUGCCUGCUAUGGUUAUGCCAAGCGGCUGAGCAUCAUGUGGACCAAGCGCAGCCAGUCAGUGCACGGGAUGCUGGCCAGCUGCGCGGCUGAGGGGGAGGGCAAGGGGGGUGCUGCUUUCGCCAGCACGGAGGAGCUGGAGGAGAGCGUGGUAUGACGCAGGCGGGUGGGAGCGCACCGCACUGGAGCAGCUGGCUGAACGCCAGGGAUGGGACAGCUGAGCCAGGCGAGGAGUGCCUCUGAGCUGACACGGUGACACUCCAUUGGAUGUGGUGACGUGGCAAUGUGCAAACCACCCUGGUAACCACCUCUCUGAGCUGGUGACACUCCAGCCAACGUGGCAACCCCGAUCCGACCCGGCGACACUUGGCAAAGCGGUGACCCCUGAUCUGACACCACCAGGCCAGGGCCAGCACAACAGCCCCCCUCCGACACUGGAUUUUCCCCAGGGAGAGUGCCCCGUUGGCCAGAGACAGAACCCCACAUGGUUGGAGCUGGGUUUGGGUUUUGCCAUCGGACCUGGUUUGACUUGGCACCUGAGGCUGGGAACGUCUGGAAACCCCCAGCUCUUCCUGCUUGCGCCCCCACCUUGAUGCACAUGGUGUGAGACACA